AGAUGGGAACAAAAAAAACAAUAAUUAAAUGAGUAAAUGGUUUUAAGCAUGCUAUUAGUUUAAUACCAUCCGCCAUAACUCCAUCACUACUACAUGCCUUCCAGUUCCACUCCACUUAGUCAGCUGCAUUUAUAUACCUCAGCUCCCCUCAACCCCCCACAGCUAUCUUCAUUCUCCAUGAAUUCAAAAGCAGUGGAAAUGGCGAUGGCUGCUUUCUUGUGCGUUGUUCUUUUUUGUUUUCUGGAGAUUGGGUGUGCAUUGCCGCCUCACCCAGACAAGAUAAUUCAUUUGCCCGGACAACCUGAGGUGGGAUUUCAGCAGUUUUCAGGAUAUGUUACUGUGGAUAAGAAGGCGGAAAGGUCCCUCUUUUACUACUUUGUUGAGGCAGAAGUAGAUCCAGCUUCAAAGCCUCUGGUUCUGUGGUUGAAUGGAGGACCUGGGUGUUCUUCUCUGGGGGUUGGAGCAUUCUCUGAAAAUGGACCCUUCAGACCAAGUGGACAGUUUCUUGUUAAGAAUGCCCAUAGCUGGAACAUAGAGGCAAAUAUGCUGUACUUAGAGAGUCCAAUUGGUGUGGGAUUUUCAUAUGCAAAUGAUACUUCCUCAUAUGAGACUGUGAAUGAUAAGGUCACAGCCAGGGACAAUCUGGUGUUCUUGAUGCGCUGGUUCCACAAAUUUCCCCAGUAUAUAAAUAGCAAUUUGUUCAUAACUGGGGAAAGUUAUGCAGGCCAUUAUGUACCUCAACUUGCUAAGCUUAUGAUUGAAUUCAACAAAAAGAAACCACUCUUCAAUCUCAAAGGAGUUGCACUGGGUAAUCCGGUUCUUGAAUUUGCAACUGACUUCAAUUCAAGGGCAGAGUACUUCUGGUCCCACGGUUUGAUAUCAGACUCGACGUACAGAUUGUUCAGUGAAGUGUGCAAUUAUUCUCGGUAUGUUAGCGAGUACUACAGAGAUUCUGUGUCGCCCGCGUGUUCUAAAGUGAUGCGCCUAGUGAGCAAGGAAACCAGUAAAUUUGUGGACAAAUAUGAUGUUACUCUCGAUGUCUGCAUUUCCUCCGUGCUUUCCCAGUCCAAGAGGAUCAGUCCUCAGGAAAACGUGGAGAAGAUAGAUGUGUGCGUGGAAGAUGAAACCGUGAAUUACUUGAACCGAAAAGAUGUGCAGAAGGCUCUGGGUGCCAGGCUCGUGGGAGUUCGUAGCUGGUCUGUUUGCAGCACGAUUCUUGAUUAUGAGCUUCUGGACAUAGAGAUACCUACAAUCUCGAUUGUUGGAUUGCUUGUGAAGCAGCGGAUCCCAGUGCUAAUUUACAGCGGCGACCAAGAUUCUGUUAUCCCGCUUACUGGAAGCCGCACCCUCGUCCACGGGCUUGCAAGACAGCUGAGAAUGAACACCACUGUACCAUACAGAGUUUGGUUUGCAGGACAGCAGGUUGGAGGAUGGACUGAAGUGUAUGAUAAUGUUCUGUCGUUUGCAACCAUCAGAGGGGCUUCUCAUGAAGCUCCAUUCUCGCAACCAGAGAGGUCGCUGGUGCUGUUCAAGUCAUUCCUGGAAGGCAGGCCUUUGCCGGAAGUGUUCUGACACCAACAAAUUAAACAAUGCUAUGAUGGAUGAAUGGGGUAAAUAGGCCAAAGGGUUGUAAAUUCUGGAAAAAGGAAGAAGAAAUUUGUGAGGGUGGAAAUAUAAUGUAAUCAUCGUCAGGCCAGGUUGCAAGAAGUAGAAAAACUGGUUAAUUGCCAUCUACCAAGUAUUUGAUUGUUCAUAUUGCUUCUUCGCUUCUUGCCAAAGAGAAAUCCUUUUUUUUU